AUGAGAGGCACCAAACGUGGCCUUUUGGUGCACAAAUGGGGACCCCAGUUGGAGAUUCUUUCACACACUUCCACAGGAGCUUUUCUAAGCCAUUGUGGAUGGAACUCUGUGUUGGAGAGUCUCAGCUGUGGGGUUCCUAUGAUUGGAUGGCCACUAGCUGCAGAACAAGCAUACAAUGUGAAGAUGUUGGUGGAGGAAAUGGGUGUGGCUGUUGAGCUCACUCGAACUGUGGAAACUGUGAUCUCUGGGGAACAGGUUAAGAAGGUUAUAGAGAUAGUUAUGGAGCAAGAAGGAAAGGGAAAGGAGAUGAAGGAGAAAGCGAAUGAAAUUGCAGCUCACUUGAGAGAAGCCAUAACAGAGAAAGGUAAAGAAAAAGGGUCUCUUGUGAGAGCAAUGGAUGAUCUUGUUAGAGCCAUUUUAUCACCCAAGGCUAAGUGA